AUGCCUUCAUUCAACCUAUUUCAUCAAGGCAGCCCAAAUCCUGAUAAUCACAAAGGCCAGCUCAUACGCUCCUUACUUCGCGACCUUGGGAGCCAGCUCCCCCCUGAACGUAUCGAAUCCAACUCUGACCUCGCCAAGGCUCUAGCAGAUGCAACAGUAAACGGAGGUCUCGUUAAAGAUAGAAAAUAUGUAGCGGAGAAAGCCAUCGCAGCCCUUGCCUCAUUGCCCCCAGAAUCGGAAGUCAGAGAAGUUGGGACUGGUCUUUUGCUCAAGUCCCUCUGGGACAGCCUAGAACAUCCACCAAUUUCAUAUAUGGGGGAUGCGUUUAGGUACCGAACUGCGGAUGGUAGUAACAACAAUGUCAUGUUUCCACAUGUUGGCAAGUCUGGGUCAUUCUAUGCACGAAGCGUGACCCCAAAACAUGUCCCACCUGCUGCACUUCCAGACCCUGGGACUCUAUUCGAUGCAUUGUUAGCACGACAAGGGCCUCCUAAGCAACAUCCAAGCAAGAUUUCGAGCGUACUCUUCGCUUUAGCAACCAUCAUCAUCCACGAUGUAUUCCGCACCAGCGAUCUUGACCAGAAUAUUGUAAACGUUUCCUCAUACUUGGACUUGUCGCCGCUGUAUGGACCUACUCAAGACAUUCAGGACACCAUUCGAACUUUCAAAGACGGGAAGGUGAAGCCGGAUACUUUUGCAGAAACCCGACUGCUGGGUCAACCCCCUGAAUCCGGGGCUUUACUGGUAUGCUUCAGUCGAUUUCACAAUUAUGUCGCGGAGCAGCUUGCCAUAAUCAACGAGGCAGGAAAAUUCAGCCUCCCUAACAACCUCUCCCAAGUUAACACCGAGGCUUUUGACAACGCAUUAUCCAAACGCGAUAAUGAUCUCUUCCAGACGGCACGACUUGUCACCUGUGGCCUAUACAUAAAUAUAAUCACCUGCGAUUAUCUACGAACAAUCCUGAAUCUUCAUCGCACAGAUUCGACUUGGACCUUGAAUCCGCGAAAAGAUUACGGCGAGAUGCUUGGUCUAGGUGAUGUCGAGAAAGGGAUUGGUAAUCAAGUUAGUGUGGAAUUCAACCUCAUCUAUCGCUGGCACUCCACAAUCAGUGCAAGGAACGAACAGUGGGUAAAAAGCUUCUUCAAACGACUUCUCCCAGGCACUAAACCCGAAGACAUGAGCCAGCCAGAGUUCAGAUCCAGCAUGCGAGCUUGGGCUUCUCGACUACCAACAGAUCCAGGCCAGAGAACCUUUGCAGGUUUGAAAAGGAAUUCGACGGGCUAUUAUAAUGAUACCGAUUUGGUGAGAAUUCUCUCCGAAGCCACAGAAGAUAUUGCCGGGUGCUUUGGGGCAAGGAAUGUCCCGGUGGCUUUGAAGGCUGUCGAGAUCCUCGGCAUCCAACAAAGCAGGGCAUGGGGUAUAGCUAGUCUAAACGAGCUUCGGAAAUACUUUGGCAUGUUGCCACACAAGACGUUCUCGGACAUCAACUCCGAUCCAGUAGACAUUGCUGCAACCUUAGAAGCCCUAUAUGGAGAUGUGGAAAAUGUUGAGAUGUACCCUGGUGUUGUCGUUGAAGAAGCCAAAAUGCCAAUGAUACCAGGUUCUGGGUUGUGCGCUGGAUUCACAACGACUAGGGCGAUCUUGUCGGAUGCCGCAGCUCUAGUACGCGGUGAUAGGUUUUACACCGUCGACUACAGUCCAUCAAACUUGACAGCGUUCGGGUUUAAGGAGGUCUCCAGCGAUACCACCAUUGCUGGAGGAGGGGUUAUUUACAGGCUGUUGAUGCGAGCUUUUCCCUACCACUACCGUGGAAACUCCAUCUACGCUUUUUACCCCUUCACCGUACCCGCCGAGAACAGGUUGAUUCAGCAAUCUCUUGGUCGCGAGUCCGACUUCGACUAUACUCCCCCACAGCCCACCAGACGGCCAACUCUAAUUACUACGUGGAAAGGUGUCAAUAGCGUUCUGCUCAAUCCACAGACUUUCAAGGCCCCUUGGGGGAAACACAUGAGACAGCUCAGUAACUACGACUAUAUGCUCGGCGGGGACAAUCUCGGAACCUCCGCACAGCGCAAAUCAGUUGGCCAGGCCAUAUAUGGAACAGAGAAUGCGUUAAAGGACUUCCACCAGUUCUUUACAAACACCACGUCUAACCUUAUACGACGAAGAAGCCACAAGAUCCGAAACAUUUACGAAAUUGACGUCGUACAGGAUAUUGCGAACCUAAGUUAUUCCUCAUUCGUCGCACGCCUCUUCGAUAUUCCACUUAAAAGCGAGCAUGGAAACACCACCCUUGACACCCGGAAACUUUCUGAUUUAUUACGCUCAAUUUUCGCGUACAUAUUUCUAGACUACGAUGUUGUUCACUCGGCUGCACUCAAAAACGCCGCAUUGAAGGCUAGUCGAGAACUUACAGACAUCCUGAACCCCAUAUGUGAGACACACAAGGCUCAGAGUUUCUACGGGCUUCUUCCGCAGCUUCACCUCAAGGCCAAGGUAAAAAAGCCGCUACCGAACCAUGGAAACAAGUUGUUACAACGUCUUUUUGAGGGCGGUAAAGGUGUCAAUGAAGUGGUGUCUAUCAUCAUGUCCACUGCUUGUGCUGCCGCUGUCCCUGGCCCUUGGGCCCUAUCCCAAAUCCUGGACCUCUUCUUGAAAGAUUCAUACUCUGCCCAUUGGACUGAUAUUCAGAAACUUGCAAAUGACAACUCUCCUCAAGCAUUUGAAAAGUUGAGGAAAUAUGCUUUAGAGGCUCUUCGCAUUACUACCCCGGGCGCCCAUCUACUCCGCACGGCCGAGGCGGAUGCCACGAUUGUCGACGGACAUCAAACACACCAAGUCAAAAAAGGCGAAACGAUCUCCAUAAGCCUCCAGAGCGCCUCUGUCGACUGCGAAAAGUUCCCGGCGCCCGAGGAGAUCAGACUGGACCGUCCCGAAGAUGCAUACAUCCAUUUUGGCUACGGACCACACGUCUGCUUGGGACGACACAUUAUUACCAUCGCUUUAGUAGCACAGUUUCGCGUGUUUGCCCAACUCAAGAACUUCAGACGGGCUCCAGGAUUGCGGGGCCGGCUUGUGCAGAGGGAUAUCGCAGGAUUUCAGUCGUUCUUGUCGGAACGUGGUGAUGCUUGGGAACCACUACCUGCGAGUAAAUAUUUUCUCCGGUUUUCUGUUUUCGAACUAUUGGUUGACAUUCCGUGUAGCUAUGAAAGUCCACUUCGACGCUUUUGA